AUGUGGUUCGCUCUUUUGGCCAUGGCUGUCUUCAUUCAUCUCACAUUUGAAGAGAUACUUCAUCUUAAGCGUAGAUCCGUCUUCGAGAGAAACGAAAUGAGACCAAUGGGCAUGCCAGGCGGAAGAUCCGUCCUCCAAGGGAAUGAAAUGAGACCAAUGGGCAUGUCAGGCGGAAGAUCCGUCUUCCAAGGGAAUGAAAUGAGACCAAUGGGCAUGUCAGGCAGAGGAUCCGUCUUCCAAGGGAAUGGAAUGAGACCAAUGGGCAUGCCAGGAGGACGACCGUUGGGACAGAACGAGCUGCGAAAUACAAAAUUCGGCGAACAGAAAUAUUACAAAAUGCGUCCAAUGCGAGGUUACUGGUGAUUUGCGGCUCUACAAAAUGUAUCAAACCGGACCUCUCUAAUUUACUCAUGUGCACAUCAAAUCAAAAUAUACCGUUAAAAGGUUGCGAGAUUGUACUUUGCUUUGCCUAUAGUGUCUUGCCAUGAUUCAUACAAGUGGAAAGCUGUCACUUUUGGUUCAAUGUUCCGAAGAUUUGUUCAAAGGUGAAUGAGCUUCGCAUCGACUUGUGUACUGUAAGGCGCAUGUUGAAUAAAUAGCAAAAGUUUUUA